UUCCAGGGUUCCCUUCAAUUGCUGUAGUAACCUGGGUCCGGGGCCUCGGUGGUGCUCCGAUGUCCCUCACCCACCCCUGAAGAUCCCAGGUGGGCGAGGGAAUAGUCAGAGGGAUCACAAUCUUUCAGCUAAUUUAUUUUAUUCGGAUAAUCGGCUGAAUGUAACAGAAGAACUAACAUCUAAUAACAGGACGAGAAUUCUGAAUGUCCAGUCAAGGCUUACUGAUGCCAAACACAUUAGUUGGAGAGCAGUGCUGAACAACAACAACCUCUACAUAGAAAUUCCCAGUGGUGCUCUGCCAGAAGGGAGCAAGGACAGUUUUGCAGUUCUUCUCGAGUUUGCUGAAGAACAGCUCCGAGUUGAUCACGUCUUCAUUUGUUUCCACAAGAACAGAGAUGACAGAGCUGCAUUGCUCCGUACUUUCAGCUUUUUGGGCUUUGAGAUUGUGAGACCAGGGCAUCCCCUUGUCCCCAAGAGACCAGACGCUUGCUUCAUGGCCUACACCUUCGAGAGAGACUCAUCAGAAGAAGACUAGAUUGCAAUGUUUGCCUCUUUAGAGCUUUCUUGUUGUCUAUAAAGAUGAUUCUGUAGAAAUUUUGUCAACAUCUAUUACAGUAUAUACCCAACUCUGUACAAAACGUUGUGACCAACUGCUCUGGUGGUGAGAUGUUGAAAAUUUCAGACUCCACAUCUUGGUUUUUUUUUUUUCCUCCUGGAUUUGUGCGCAUGUCGUGGUUGUGCAAAAUAAAUGCUCCCUCCAAAUUAGCAGUAUAUUUCUUGAAGUUUAAUAUUGUGUUUGUGAUACUGAAGUAUUUGCUUUAAUUCUAAAUAAAAAUUUAUAUUUUACUUUUUAUUGCUGGUUUAAGCUGUUUAAAGACUUUGCACUCUUGAAGAGAUUUGCUCUGGAACUGCCCCGACCAUUAAAGUUACAGGUACAGAAAG